ACCCUCAUACUUCCACUCAAGCUUUUAUUCACCUUUUGUCAAACUAGAAAUUCUUACAUCUGGGACCUACUGGAUAUCUCUUUGCUAUCUAUUUUAGGUAGUAACGUCCUGCACCGCAAAAGACAAACACCAAAAACAAAAUAACAGAAACAAAACUGCCGCAUACUACCACAUUUACGAUGAAGCCCCCUUUGAUUCCUCCAACCCCACGGCAUAUUAAUCUCAAGCCCACAGGACCUGUCAGCCUGUUAACUGCCUUUGCCGAAGAGCAAUGGACCAACUCGGCAAACUUAGCAAGGCAGCGUUACAGAACCACAAAGGAUCCAUACUAUUUGGCUGUCGAGAUUGCUGCUAAAUCUCAGAGCGACAAUGUCGCUGACCGUAGUGCGGGAAAGGUUGCUGUGGAAAGCAUGAUCAAGGACAACAUCACGAUAACCGACGUGGAUACCCUGGAUUUAUACGAGUUCGCCUGCGCUCGUACUGAUAUAAAUUACUCCGAAACCAUCGGCGUGCUCCGGGCAAGGCUGGUGAAGGCACUCCCAAAAGAUCAGAAGUCUUGUUCUAGAUGCUUCGAUGCUUGUGUCUGGAAUUCAGACUGGAAGAAUGCUCAACAGAUUGCAGCAUCGUUGAAUAAGAAUUUUGCUAGCGACCGGAAGUCCUUGUUUCAAUACAUCUUGGCCACUCAUCAAUAUUCUCUUUCCGAUGAAUGUCCUGAGGGCAGCAGAAAGAUAUUUACAGCACUUGCAAAAGCACAGGCCGAUAAAGCAUUUGACCUCCGAGCUGUGGCUCCUGAUAAUGAUCAGCAUGCUGAUCGUGCCGUCGGUAGUGAAUCCGAAGCCUGGUUAUGGCUAAAUAUUCGAAUCAGCAGUUGUACACCGAAGGAAAACCUGGAGCUUUUUAGGAAGCCUGAAUACAGCCCCCUUGCAUUUCUCAAAGCUGGUCACCAGGAACCCUACUGGAUAGCUCUAAAUUAUCUACAGACUUACCGUGCUUGGGAUGACGUUUUUCAAAUUGGGAAGGAGAUCUUCGAAGAAGCCACUCGUAUAGCUCAAAAGGAAGCCACGGCUAUUGAAAACGAUGAAAAAAUUACUAGUCUGCGGAAGCUGGCAGAGACUGAUGAUAAGCAGGGCUCAUCAGUUAAGAAAGACUUAGCUCGCGCUAUAGAAAAGGCUCGACCUCCGAGAACUUUAAAAGACCAAUCCUAUAUAUCUGCGAGCUGUGAAUAUGGGCUCUUCAUAGCUACCUUCACAGCUGCUAAGGCCCAGCCUGAUAGGAAGCGAGCCCUUAAACAGGUUCGUCAGUUAGUCGACAAGCUGAUCAAGGCUUUGACCCGAGCGGAAAGCAUGAGACCUAUCUUCCAAAAAACAUACGACAUCCUUUCCCUAUCCAUUCUUGUCGCCCGAGAGUCCCCCGCGAAUCUUGAUUCGCAUGGCUAUACCACAAGAGUUGCUAACUUUAUGAACCAUGUUGUUCGACAUUAUGACGAUCCUAACUGCGCCGCUGAAGCUUUAACAUUGAUACCCGAGUUGACCAAGCAAGAGGUUACCUCGUUUAUCGCAGCUCUUCGUGCCGCUACUAUCAAGUGUGACGACACUUAUAAACGCUUUAUACUGACAUCCCUAAGCUUGAGGAUCCGAUAUGCAGUGGCGAUGGGUAGUAUAUUUACCUGUACCAUUUGUAAUGCAAGAAUGGAACGGAGCGGUUGCGUACCUUGCCUCAAAUCCAUUGCAAUCAAUACCCUUGAUGCGUAUAAGGCAGGCAUGGAAAAUGAUGACUACCGGCAAAAAAUACUAUCCGGCCAGAGUCAGAAUCCCUUCUCGGAUAUGGCAGUAAUAGGGGCUGUAUGUCUCUUAAGGCUUGCAGGACUUGCUACCGAGUCGCAUCCAAUGGGUACUAAUUCUCUGUACCAUGCGAAUAUCCAACUGUUUCUGCAAGCUCUUAUUUGGCUGGAUUCAUGCCUAGUCAUGUUGCCCUCUGUUAGCAAUACGCACCGCGUUUUGCUCGUUAAGCUGUAUCUUCUGAUGGGAUGCGUGUCUCGAGCUAAGGCUUACUGGGACCGUUUUGCUGUUAAGAAUGCGCUCCUAGAUUCUCUAGGGCUUCUCUUUAUUGACCGGAUAUCAUCCAUCGCCCCCGGAUUAUUUAUCGCGGGAUCUAGUCGUGACAAUCCUGUCCAGCCUUUCAUGGUACAUUUUACUAGGGGGCUUAUGAGUACUACCCCGAAGAAAAUUAUGGAGGCUCUAGAAAUGGGGACUUAUUCUAGCAUUCAAGAGAUGAUUAGAUAUGCCGAAAAACAGACCUCAAGCUGCACUCUAGUUAUGGCUGUUGUGGAAGAACGCCGCGGCUUGCGAAUAAAAACAGGCAAGAUCGAGGUCCCCAUAGAAGACCAACCCCUCGUCCGGAAAAUAACAACCGACCAUACUAUUCGCGACAUUACCGACUAUGGAAUCUUUUCAGUUCCAGAUAGUGAAUCGGCUCAGCCUCUUUCUUCUCUAGUCCACUACGGACCUCUCCCGACGGGUGGCCGCGCUCACGCAGGCUUGAUAGCCGAACGCUUCCUUGAUUUGGUCUGCUACGUACAGCCAAAGGAGUAUAAACCAUCCAAGGCAAGCCAAGUUGCUCAGCUCGACUGGAAAUAUGCGUCCGCUACAAGCUCCCAUCUAGAAAAGGAAAUGAGGACCAUAUUAGCUUUAGGCGAUAAGGGGCUCCAAGAAGGAGAGAAAGUCGACGUAGGAAAACUACGAGAUUCCGUAAGGGGUUCUUACACGACACCGGAAUACUGGUACUAUGGAAUUAUAUGGAGGCUUGCCAACGCGGUGAAGAGCAUUCUGGCACACGGAUUCCUCUCGACUUCAACCAACGAAACCCGCGAGUUCGAUCGCUUCCUCAUCAGAGGUAUCAUAAAAAGCCUCGAGGACCAAACCCAAGAUUUCCUAGAAGUACCCGAAAACAUCCACUCGAAGAUCUACGCCUUCCACGGCUUCGCGGCUCUUCAUGCUAUGGGCAUGCUACGCGAAUCGAUCCUAGCCGUCAAGUAUACGACAAACUACCUCACGAGCAUAUCCGAGAAGCUCAAGAACACGGAUAAAGCUCGCGCGAACACUGAACUCGCGUGGCUCGCGGCCGAGCUCAAAAAGAUGACGGCCGCCGCCGCCGAGUCGGAGAACAAGAUCAAGGCUCGCAUUAAGCUGCUCAGGGACUACCUAAGCAACGUCGACGGCUGGAGAGAUCGCCUGUGCGAUUGGGUAUUUGGCGACUAUACCACGGCGUACGACGAGGAUGCGGAGUUCAAGCAGGAGGUGGCCAGCAAGAUCAAAGCCGUCAUCCCCAAGGCGAAUGGAGAGCUAUGGGCUGAUAAGGUUGGCGAAUCUUGGCGCGAGCUCAUGAAUGGUUGGGCUGCCGUUAGAUUCGACUAAACAUCUGCUUGUUCCGUUCGUCCCGUCCCGUCCCGUCCCGAUUUGAUCUCUACUGUACCUACCUAGUAAGAUACGUACUUUAUUCUCUACCUGGUCAACUACCUCGUAGUCGUGGUCCCAAGCAUUUGUGCAUAUCUCUUCGUUCUACUUCCUCGAUAUCUGGACAUCACUCUUCGAGAGCUUGGAAAUCAUGUACUAAGUCCUAGUUAUACGAACUCCUGGAUCUGCAUCUUGAUAUUCGCGCCAAAAAAAAAGGCAGACAUUUUGUGACCGAAGAAUAUCUAAGGGGAUAGGCAUGAUGAGGGUGAAGAU